AUGUCGAUGCAAAAGUUUGUGGCGCACUCCAUAUCAGGAGAUGAAAACGAUGAGGAUUCUGGUCGGUCAUUUGAUGAGCAAUUUAACACAAGUUUAGCUGAUGGUUGUGAAGCCAAGGGUGAUUAUAUUGUACAGGUUGCAUUCGCAUCAAUUCCUCGUGAAAAUCAGAGUUUUCAAACAUUGGAUGAAGCUAAAGACUUCUAUAUUGCUUAUUCCAAAGAAGCUGGUUUUAGCGUCAGAGAAAGAAAUGACAGGAAAAACCACAAGCAAGAAGUCGUAUGGAAAAUGUUCGUCUGUUAUAAAGAAUAG